GCAGCCUCAGACUCCAUGAGGAAGCAAGAGCUGAGGACUGAUGGAGAGACAUGCCUGGCCUACAGUGCUGGCUCCCCAGCUGAGCAGGUGAAGGCCCUUGUGGAUCUGCUGGCUGGGAAGGGCUGUCGGUUACUACAGGCUAACAAAAUGCCAGACUCCCCUCUGGGAUCCCAGAGCAAUGACUCAAGGAUACGGAGGUACUGUGAGGCCCUGCUGAGCAGGGUGGGAAAUGACCCAGAACUGGGCAGCCCCUCACAGCGCCUGGCCAGCCUCCUGCUGGUAGAGGGCCUGACAGACCUGCAGCUACGGGAGCAUGACUUCACACAGGUGGAGGCCACACGUGGAGUCUGGCACUCUGCUAGGGCCAUCACCCUAGACAGGCUCUUCCUGCCUCUGUCCCGGGUGUCCAUCCCACCUCGGGUCUCUAUUACCAUUGGAGUGGCCGGCAUCGGCAAGACUACUCUAGUGAGGCAUUUCAUCCGUCGCUGGGCCAGAGGAAAAGUGGGCAAGAAUUUCUCACUGGUUCUGCCCUUGACCUUUCGGGAUCUUAAUACCUAUGAGAAGCUAUCUGCAGACAAGCUCAUCCACUCCAUCUUCCCACACAUUGGAGACAGUAAUCUGGUGGUAACAGCCCAAGACAGAGUCCUCCUGGUCCUUGAUGGCUUGGAUGAGUGUAAGACACCCCUGGAAUUCUCCAAUACUGUCGCCUGCACAGACCCAAAGAAGGAGAUCCAGGUAGACCACCUGAUCACUAACAUCAUCCGAGGCAACCUCUUUCCAGAAAUUUCUGUCUGGAUCACCUCCCGUCCCAGUGCUGCUGGUCAGGUCCCUGGGGGCCUUGUGGACCGGAUGACUGAGAUUCGGGGCUUUACUGAGGAAGAGAUCAAAGUGUGUCUGGAGCAGAUAUUUCCUGAUGACCAGACCCUCUUAGGUCAGGUGUUGAGUCAAGUGAAGGCCAACAGGGCUCUGUAUCUGAUGUGCACUGUGCCAGCCUUUUGUAGGCUCAUGGGGCUGGCCCUGGGUCACUUGUACCACAGCAAGCUAGCUGUCCCGGACUCAGAGCUGCCACUGCCUCAGACCCUGUGUGAGCUCUACUCUUGGUACUUUAGGAUGGCCCUUGGUGGGGAGGGGCAGGACAAGGGCAAAGUAAGUCCUAGGAUUGAGCAGGUGGCCCAGGGAGCUCGCAAAAUGGUGGGGACAUUGGGCCGCCUGGCCUUCCAUGGGCUGGUCAAGAAGAAAUACGUGUUUUAUGAGCAAGACAUGAAGGCAUUUGGUGUGGACCUCGCUUUGUUGCAGAGCGCGCUAUGCAGCUGUCUCCUGCAACGGGAAGAGACUCUGGCCUCCUCGGCAGCUUAUUGCUUCACUCAUCUGUCUCUGCAAGAGUUUGUGGCAGCCACAUAUUACUACAGUGCAUCCAAGAGAGCCAUCUUUGACCUCUUCACCGAGAGUGGCAUGUCUUGGCCCAGGCUGGGUUUCCUUGCGCAUUUCAGGUGUGCAGCCCAACGGGCCACACAAGCUAAGGAUGGGAGGCUGGAUGUGUUCCUGCGUUUCCUCUCUGGCCUCCUGUCUCCAAGGGUUAAUACUCUGCUGGCCGGCUCCCUGCUGGCCCUAGGUGAGCACCAGAGCUACCGGGCCCAGGCGGCUGAGGCCCUACAAGGCUUGCUGUGUCCUGACUCUGCAGUCUGUGCACGAGCCAUCAAUGUCUUGUACUGCCUGCAUGAGCUGCAGCACACAGAGCUGGCCUGCAGUGUGGAGGAGACCAUGCAGAGUGGGACCUUGGCUGGGCUGACGGGCCCCUCGCAUCGCACUGCUCUGGCCUACCUCCUGCAACUGUCUGAUAUCUGCUGCCGGGAGGCCAACUUGUCCCUGUGUCUCAGCCAGAGUGUCCUCCAGAGCCUGCUGCCCCAGCUGCUUUAUUGCCGGAGCCUCAGGCUGGACAACAACCAGUUCCAGGACCCUGUGAUGGACUUGCUGGGCAGUGUGCUGAGUGGGAAGGACUGUCGCAUUCAGAACAUCAGCCUGACUGAGAACCAGAUUGGUAACAAAGGAGCCAAAGCUCUGGCCAGAUCCCUCCUGGUCAACAGAAGUCUCAUCACACUAGACCUCCGGAGUAACUCCAUUGGACCACAGGGGGCUAAGGCCCUUGCAGAUGCCCUGAAGAUAAACCGAACUCUAACCUCUCUAAGCCUCCAGAGCAAUGUGAUCAAGGAUGGUGGUGUCAUGUGCAUGGCCGAGGCCCUGGUCUCCAACCAGACCAUCUCCAUACUACAGCUACAGAAGAACCUAAUUGGGCCAGUGGGAGCCCAGCAGAUGGCAGAUGCCCUGAAGCAGAACAGGAGUCUGAAGGAACUCAUGUUUUCCAGUAAUACCAUUGGGGAUGGAGGUGCCAUGGCCCUGGCUGAGGCCCUGAAGGUGAACCAAGGCCUGGAGAACCUGGACCUACAGAGCAAUGCCAUCAGUAACACUGGGGUGGCAGUGCUGAUGCAAGCCCUCUGUGUUAACCGGACACUGUCUAACCUCAGCCUACGAGAAAACUCCAUCAGCUCAGAGGGAGCCCAGGCCCUCGCUCAAACUCUCUGUAUGAACAACACUCUGAAGUACUUGGACCUGACAGCCAACCUCCUCCAUGAUCAAGGUGCCCAGGCCAUUGCAGUAGCAGUAGGAGAAAACCACUCCCUCACACACCUUCACCUGCAGUGGAACUUUAUCCAGGCUGGUGCAGCCAGGGCCUUGGGACAAGCACUCCAGCUGAACAGGACCCUGAGAACCUUAGACUUACAGGAGAAUGCCAUAGGGGAUGAAGGAGCUUCUGCAGUGGCUGGGGCUCUGAAGGUGAACCCAACCCUCACCUCUCUCUACCUACAGGUGGCCUCCAUUGGCACCCAAGGAGCCCAGGCACUUGGGGAGGCCCUGGCUGUGAACAGAACCUUGGAGAUUCUUGACUUACGAGGAAAUGACAUCGGGGUACCGGGUGCCAAGGCCUUGGCAAAUGCUCUGAAGUUAAACUCCACUCUCCGAAGACUCAAUCUCCAAGAGAACUCACUGGGGAUGGAUGGGGUCAUAUAUGUCGCUGCUGCACUGUCUGAGAACCAUGGUCUGCAUCAUAUUAAUCUCCAGGGGAAUCCCAUUGGGGAAUCCGGUGCCAGGAUGAUCUCAGAGGCUAUCAGGACAAAUGCUCCCACAUGCACUGUGGAAAUGUAA